AUGAACGGGUUUGUAAGUCGCUUUUUGGAUGAUGCGACCUUCGCGAACGCCCUCUUGACCGAAGUUCUCUGCUACUCCAAAACAGUCCAGAAGCCCGACUUGGUUGUGCAACGUCUUCUCCCACCCAUUUUGGGUAGGGCCGUCUCGUCUUUGCAGUUGCGACAAUUUUCGUCUCGUUUGAAACAUCAGUCCCUCCGUGAAGACUACCCGUUUUCUUCGUGGCCAAAUGUCAGUCCACACGACGAGAAAGGCAAAAGAGACGCCUCAAUUGUAGCGUCACUGUACCGUCAACUUGCGAGAGACGAUUUGGACAAAGCGGGACAGCUCUUUGAAAAGAUUGCAAGUGACACUACAAGCAUUGACCGAGACGACCUCGACCGCUUUAUUAUCCCACUCCUGCGCGAAAUGAUCGACAUCACCGAGCACCAGCCAUCCGAGGCAUCUCUAUUCUACUCCAAAAUCAUCUCUACCUACAUUGAGAGGAUGGUUCAGAAGGAGCCUCCAAAGCCGCAGGACUGGUCCCUGCCGGACGAUGCUCAAAAGUGCUAUCGGCCAGAUUGUACUUAUUGCCCCCUUGUACGUCAAUUUCUGGAGGAUCCAAGCCAAGAGCACCGGGAUUUCGCCAUUCCUCAGAAAUCGUAUUACGAUUUCAGGGCCCAUAUCCCGCAUUGGUAUGAGGCGACUGGGGAGGGAAGCGGAGAAGCUUACAAGGUCAAGGUUACUAAAUCACUCGACAUGUGGAAACAAAAACACAAGCAAUGGCGAGGCAGAGUUGACCAUGCUCAAUCGGCUCUUCGGUCGCUGCCCGAGACGCCAUUACGCCAAUGCCUCGGAGACGGCGAGUAUCGGGACUUGAUGGACCUACGCAUUGUCAAGCUACCGACUGAAGAUAUGAUCAUGGACCUGCCCAGCUCUGCCCAGGCAGAAGCUGGGAAGAGGAAGAGGAAACGGAGCGAUAUCUCUGACGCAGCAUGA